UUUUUUCAUUGAUGAUUUCAUUUCAGAUGACACAUAAAUCAUGGCUCAUAGUCCAAAUCACCUGACAUUUAAAGGGAUCGUAUAAAAGUCGUCCCUGCUCGCCCUCUGUCAUUUCAUCCUCUUUGGGGAGUGUUGCAACCCGGGGACUCGCCUCCAUCCGCCCCAGUGUGGCCUUGUGCCCGCACAUGCACGCUUCAAAACAUUUCCAGAGGACUCUCGCAUUUCACUUGGCCAUUGGUAGCCCGCUGGAGGAUGACAUCCAUCCAGCUGUACUGCAGGAACGGCCGACAGCACCUCCAGAUUCUCCCCGAUGGGACCGUCCAAGGCCAGAACGAUGACACUGACGUUCACACUUUUUUGCAGCUUACGGCUGUGGCUCCAAGUGUGGUGGUGAUCAAAGGCCAAAAAACAGGAAAAUAUUUGGCCAUGAAUGGGGAAGGUAGUUUGUACACUUCGCCUGUUGCAAAUGAUGACUGUCACUUCCUGGAGAGGCAGAUGGAGAGCAAAUACAACACCUACCAGUCUCAGAAGUAUCGGGGAAAAAGCUGGUACGUGGCGCUGAAGAAAAAUGGGAAACCUGAGCUGGGUCCCAACACGAACAUUGGACGAAAGGCCAUUUUAUUCCUGCCCCGCCCGCUGCACUGAAGCAUCCUCAUUAAGCUGUAUAGGUUUCACCCAAACAUGCUUUAAAAUCUGAACGUAAUAAAUUACAACCCCCAACACCAGCAAAUUUUGCUGCUUAAACUAGUGGCCCCUAGUGGCCGUGGUUUGCAACAACCGGAAUAAUACGGUUCGAGUAAAAAUGUGAAUGCAAAUUCGGUCUUUGGCUAACCUACUCAAUGCAGUUUUGUAGUAAAGUCACAAUUACAGUGCAUGUGUGAAAAACAAUCCUAGGUUGUAGAUAAAAACCAAAUGAAAAACUGUUUUAAAAAUGUUUCCCCAAAAAUCCAUGUACAGUACAUCUUAAAAAGGACAUCCACACACUACAGUACACUAUAGCAAAAUUUAGUCCAGUCUGUUAGGUUUAGGCCAGUUAGCUGCCAACGCGUCUCGUGGAAUUAAAAAAAAAACCGCAUACUUAAUACCACCCUGGCUAAUGUGAAAAAAUGGCUUAAUGGCACCCUGGCUUAUGUGAAUGUG